ACUUGAGCCCAUUUUGGACACUGCCAGUGGGAAAAUAGUAAAAUCUGGCCUUUUGGUCCACUCGCCAAGAACAAGGAAAGGCUUGACAGAGAAGGUUGUUGUGUGAAAUAAUCUUAGCCCUUUAACAAAGGAGCUUAGAGAGUUCACUGCUCUGAUAUCACUCAGAAAGCUUCAAAUAUGCGGACAUUUGAAUCUCGCAUACACAAAGAAAACUAAUGUAAGUUUGAGCACCAAAGGUUGUGGCAUGUCUUCGGUAAAUUCUACAGAGAGCAAGGUCAAAAUGACGAAGCACUUUCUACACAUAUCGCUGGAGCUCAUCUAGCAGCGCAGGUGUGUCACUGCACCGGGGUGGGAGGGCGUUUGGCAGCUCCAAAGCCACUGUGCUCAGUUUCAAGAUUUCCCACCUGCCAGAGACAUCAUGCCUCCCCCACUGGGUCUAUUCACCGUCUUCCUGGCCUGGACGGCAGGAGCUUGGGCCACAGACCAUGACCUGCCUUUCAUGGAGUACCUGGAUGUGGAGCGUCUGGUCUGCCUGAAGUGGGGAUUCGCUGAUAUGCAAGGAAACAUCACGUUCCAACUGGCAGUCAACACCACAGGCUGGGUGGGCUUUGGUCUGAGUCCGCAAGGAGGCAUGGACGAUGCAGACAUCGUAAUGGGCGGGCUUGGACCCACUGGGAGCUACUUUUCAGAUUAUCAUUCACCAGAGGAGGGCCGGCCUUUAAUGGACGAGGACCAGAGCUACACCCUUCUCUCCAUGAUUGAAAACGAUGGACAAACAAUAAUGACUUUUCAGAGGUCCAUAAAGAACUGUGAUGAAAAAGACUUUCAGAUCACUGCUCAGCCUAUUAAACUAAUCUAUGCAUACGGCACAAGCGAUGACAUCAGAUACCAUGGGAGCCUCAGAGGCACCAAGGAAGUAAAUCUGCUCAACCACAAGACCAGGACCACCCCACCUGAUGCCAAAUUUCUCAGCGUGAACGUGAACAAUAUCACUGUCCCUGCCAACAAGACCUACUAUCACUGUAAAGUAAUGAAGCUUCCAGAGCUGCCCACAAAACAUCAUAUUUAUCAGGUUGAGCCAGAGAUUGAAAACCAUGAUGUCGUCCAUCACAUGCUGCUGUACCACUGUCCCUCUUUUGUGAAACAACCGUAUGAUAAAGGGUGCUACAUGGGUGACAUAGGAGACGCCUGCUUUGGAGUGGUGGCUUCAUGGGGAGUGGGAGGAGGAACAUAUGAACUUCCUGAGAAUACGGGUAUUCCUAUAGGAGGAGUAGAUAGUGGCAGAUUCUACAGGUUGGAAAUCCAUUACAAUAACCCGCAAAAGAAAGAAGGUAUUACAGACAGCUCAGGUCUGAGGCUUUACUAUACAGACCAGCUGCGGCAGCAUGAUGUGGGCAUUCUAACCACGGGAGUGUUUCCAGUGAGCCGAAUGCCGUACAAGAUUCCUCCAGAAGCCCCCCAGUUCCACACAUAUGGCAUUUGCAACACGUCUUUGUUUUCACAGCUUGUGAACCCCAUUCCUGACCUUCAAGUGUUUUCAGUGCUCUUGCACACUCACUUGGCUGGCAGGAAAGUCAGAGUGGGCCACUUCAGAGAAGGAAAGCAAAUAGAUUUCUUGGGAGUAAAUGAAAACUACGACUUUGACAUGCAAGAAAUUGUCAACUUAGGAAGCAUCAAGACAGUCAAACCGGAUGAUGAAAUCAUCGUGGAGUGCACCUACAGUACUGCAGAUCGCACUGAAGCCACUCUGAUGGGUUUGUCCACCACUGAUGAGAUGUGUCUCGCUUUCCUGUUCUACUACCCUGCAAUCGACAUUACUUCAUGCACCAGUCGCCCAAAUUCAUCCCUUCUACUCGACACAAUUGAUGACCUAGCUGAGUAUCAGAGCUUGAUGAAUACUCUGCCACAAGUUCAGUACAUCUCUGACGCCAGUAGCAAGGGAUUCGCCUACAAGAAUGGCACGGUCAGGGAAGUGAUGGAGACACCCACUGCUGCUUGCAAUAAUAAAAAUGCUGCAAGCAGACUCUCCACUUCCUUGGUGGCGAAAGCAGCAGGAAUCACCCUUCCACUCCUUUGGAUUGCUAUUAUGUAGCAUGGCUGUAUUUGGAAAUGAUUCACAGGCCAACUUAGAAAUGAAAGAACCAUCAAUUUGCUAUGCAAUGGGCAAUUUGUAAUACAAGGAUGUUAAGGAAACAAUAGAGGUGAUUUCAAGUUGGACAGGUUCUUAAGAAUAGAUCAAUUUACACUUUUUUGUCAUAAAAUACAAUGGAAGCUUAGAAGCGGGGACAUUAAUUCUCUAUCAGAAAAAAUAAAUCAACCUCGAAGUCUUUAAAAUUUGUAUAUUUGUAUCUGAUGUUCCAGUGCCCAAAAGCAGUGGAUUUUUUCUUCUAAACUGUUACUGAAAUAAUUAAAUGUUGUGCAUAUAAACAGGUUUGUUGUUCUAGAAAAUAUGUCACCCAUACAUCUGUUUUUAAUUCCUCUCCAUUAAAUGCACUAAAAAUUGGGAGAGUACCUAUAUAAUAGAUCAUUUCGCAAUUAAUUAAUCUAUA